AUGGCACUUGUAAAGAUAUCACGCAAAUUCACCUUCCCUAAUAUGAAACUCUACAAUGGAACCACCAACCCGGACGACCACAUAGCCUCCUACAAACAAAGAAUGUUUGCCAUCGUCAUACCUCGAGAUCUCUACGAAGCAUGCAUGUGCAAGAGUUUCGGCUCUAGCCUCAUGCGAUCAAUGCUCCAAUGGUAUACCAACCUCCCUAAUAACUCCAUCACAUCCUUCGCCCAGCUCACAAACACCUUCGUGGAGCAGUUCACUAGCAGGAAAAAGUUAGAAAUGUUGUUUGGCGAUCUCUACCAAAUCCGCCAACACCAUAAUGAGUUGCUCCGAGAGUAUGUGGGACACUUUAGCCACGAGAAAGUCUCCAUCCCUUACUGCAAUCAAGAGACUGUGAUAGAUGCCUUCAAGAAAGGACUCCUCCCUGAUGGUGAGUUGUACAAAGAACUCAUCAAUUUUAACUACACUACAAUGGAAGAUAUACUGGCUGGCACAUGGAUAGAGAUAAGGUGGGAAGAGGAUGAAGUCCAUAGGAACAAACUCAACACUGUCAACGAUCGCCAUCAUUGCCGAGGUGAUCGAUGCCAUGAUACAUGA